AUGGUUAAGUCAAUUUUUGGAGGAGCUGCGCUCUCAGACUCUAGCCACUUCAAAACACCAGAAAUGCGUGCCGAACUGGUCGAUGUCCUGAUCGCCAAUGGUAUUAAGAAUAUCGACUCUGCUCGUAUCUACACCGGGUCAGAGGUUGCCAUUGGCCAGCUAGAGAAGCGCAAAGACUUUAUCAUCGACACCAAGCUUGCGGGAGGCUUUGGACAACCUGGCAAUGUCUCAAAGGAAGGUGUGAUCAAGGACACUCAGGACUCUCUCGAGACCGCCAAGAUCGAUCAAUUCGAUGUCUUCUACAUCCAUGCACCAGAUACGACUGUUCCCUUCGAGGAGACCCUGGCGGGUGUGAACGAGGCAUACAAGAAGGGCAUUUUCCGCCGUUUCGGUCUCAGCAACUUUUCGGCGGAGCAAGUACAGGAGGUAUACGACAUCGCGAAGGCGAAGGGCUACCCUCUGCCACAGGUAUACCAGGGCAACUAUAACCCUGUUGCCCGCCACUUAGAGACCCAGCUCUUCCCUACCCUCCGCAAGCUCGGCAUCCAUUUCUAUGCCUACUCACCACUUGCUGGUGGUUUCCUCGUAAAGACUGCCUCCGACCUUGAUGAAGGCGCGGGACGCUUCAACGACAAAGCCCUGGGUAAUCUGUACGGAAAGCUUUACGAUAACGAGACUAUGCGCAAGGCGCUUGUCAAGUGGAACGAGAUCGCUGAGAAGGAGGGUGUUACCAAGGCGGAGCUGGCAUACCGCUGGGUCGCCUACCACAGCGUGCUUGAGGGCGAUGAGGAUGGUGUCAUCUUCGGUGCUAGCAAGGUCAGCCAGGCUGAACAGACUGCCAAGAGCUUGAAGGCAGGUAAGCUUAGUGACGAGGCAGUCAAGGGCAUUGAGCAGAUUUGGGAGAGCGUCAAGGAAGUUGCUCCUGUUGAUAACUACCACAGUGGAUUGGAGGGCAACUUCACCAAAGCUGCUAUUGCCAUUGAUCCAGCCAAACUCACUUUCCUGGACCUCCCCACGGAGCUGCGUGUCAUGGUUUACGAGUACUUUACACCUGAAGAUCAGUAUAUCUUUAACUCUGAUCAGCCAGCAUAUGACGGCUUGUUACGCACCUGCAAGCAAAUUCGGACGGAAGCACUAAAGGAGAUACGAAAGGCAGCCGACAAGUACUAUGGCGCUUAUGAAGCGAAGUGGUUACUUCAAGAAGGUUUCAGCAUCAAGGUGGAACCCAUUAUCGAUCCUGGCAAAGUCGUCGUCGUCUUUUCGGAAGAUCACUUCAUGUCCGACGCUUGCAAGGCGGGGAGACGUCGUAGUUGCUACCGAUUCCACAUUCCGUUGGCUUCUUUGAAUCUCAAAAGUCUUAGUUUCAAGGUCUCCCGCAAUUCAGACACAUCGCCGCCUCACCUGUUGGGUUGUGUUCCUGCUCACUGGGCCAUUACCCAGAUGCUCAUGUCUAUCAUCACAUCUAAUCCCCAAGCACAGCGGAUCUACUUCCACCGCGACAGACUUAACUUUGGUUAUGGUUAUUUCAAUGAUGAUUUCGGGAAGUUGUGUACAACAGUGGAGGAAAGAUGGCUGCGAUACAGGGAUCAAGAGGAGAAAGAUGCACCGUAUAAGUGGCUGUUGACGACGAAUGUAGAAUACAGCACGAAGACUGUACGUGGAAUCUGGGUCGACCGUGUUACGAAUUGCCUUGAUUUGUAG